AAGCUCUUUUCUAGGGCCAUGCAAAAUCGAAUGAAUGUCUCGAGUUGUCUCUUCGAGGAAGUCAGAGAGUGCACUGGUGGGCAUCCACGGACGGUCUCCUUUGUCAGUUUCCGGCUGGCUUUGCUACGCAGAGUCUGCGCCGCCAGUUUUCGAGUCUGAAGAUCCACCUAGUUGGCGUUUGCAUGCACAUGCUCCCCGGUCAAGAGCUGGUGUAUCUGAUGACAGCCCAGUGUCCAGCUUCUUUUCAAGCGAAAAUGCUAACGGUAUAGAGCACGUCUCUGCAAGAAGCUACUGGAAGUUCAAUCCAAGGGCAUUUUCUCGUGCCAUCCGGAAGAAGUGGCGCCAACGGACCAUCCGGAGCGCCUUGAUCCGUAUCAGGGAAAUUCCAGAGCAGGUGGAGGACAUGCUGUCACAGACUGCCAGCGACCUAAGCAUGGAGGUAGAUGGCGGCGUCUUCUUGAUGCAAGGCCGGCUUCGAGACUUCUCGCCUCAAGGCGAGCGUGCUGCGCGCACACUGGAGAUGCUGCCGCUUCAGUUCGCUACCUCGGUGGAAGCUAACCUCAUGGGUGCUGCCGCGGUGGUAAGGCAAACCGUGAGUGAUGUCACCGCGGAGCUCGGGACCAAGGACUUUGAAGAUGAGGAGAUUGUGCAAGAAUUGCAAUUUAUUCCUCAGAAGGUGAAAGACAUUGCGGAUGAGGAAAUCCCACGUGCGGUGCAUGCCUCCCUGGCUGAGCUGCAGCAAAAGCUGGAUACAGCUUUGGCCUUCCUGUCCGGCUCCAAUGCUGUGAAGGAGAAGGAGUUGCUCCAGCAGAAGCUGCUACGUCAAGUGCCUGCGGUGCUUGAGGAGAAGAUCACAGCCACCAGGUUGGUGGCGGAGGACAACAUUGUAGACGCUGUUGCAGACUUGAGGAGCGAAUUUGUGCCGAACCAAUGGAUCGUGGAGGCACUUCUGCGCGCCAAGUCUGGCGGCGUGAUCGCCGGAAUGGUGGCAUCUGAGGCCGCGCCCGUCGAGCCGGGCACGGAACAGCAGGCGCUGGUAGCGCCGGAGCCUGAGCCGGAGAAGGGCGCGGAAAGGCACGAAGGUGACGAAGGCAACGGAGGUGACGAAGGUGCAGAAAAUGACGAAAGUGUCGAAGGUGAUGUGCAGCUGCACGAUCCUCCUGAGGAUGGUGAGCAUUAUGCCAAUCCAGGCAGUAUGGGCCAUCCUGAGAUGUGCACCAGGCCAUGCUUGUUUUUUAGUGCUGGCCAGUGUCAGAAUCGCAGUAACUGCGACUUUUGCCACCUCCCGCACACUCGGCGGCCCACGCACUUGGACAAGCGCAACCGAGAGCUGUUGCGAAGCCUCUCAAAUGAAGAGAAGCUCGCGACAAUCUUGCCAAUCCUUCGGGAGAAGUUGAGGAAUCACUGUCACAACCCGCGGACCUUUGAUUUGCUCACGCAGUUGGAGACAUCGGCCACACCUGACGCGCUGGAGGCUUUCAGCACAACAUCCAGCAAGCAGGUCGCGAGAGGGGAGAGGACGCUCAAGAGUGCCCUGCGAGCAGUAACACUGCGGUCACUGCUGACAAUGCUACUACGGAUGCUGCCACGAGAGCAUCUUGCACGGCACAUCAUUGAGGCAAUGAUUCAGAGCCUUCGAAGUGCGGCGUAGGCCUUUGGCUUGCUCUAAUCGAGUGUUGGGUCGCCACCUCGGUUGCCCAUUCUGCGCUGCCUCGAGAGUCUCACAGCAGUCCAAGAUUGCUGAGUUGACUAGAAUUUAGCAAAGUCACGGCACAAUACCCAUUCUUGUGCUGCUGCCGAAGGUGAGGGCGAUGCAAAGGAUCGCCGCCUCGAAUUCCGCACAUGCACUGCCGUAGCUUGUUUCACCUUUCCAGAUUCAAAGGACAUGCGUUUUAUG